GCUAUGGACCCCCUCAAGGCGCAGCAGUUGGCAGCCGAGCUGGAGGUGGAGAUGAUGGCCGACAUGUACAACAGGAUGACCCACGCCUGCCACCGCAAAUGCGUGCCGCCCCAUUAUAAGGAAGCCGAGCUCUCCAAGGGCGAGUCGGUCUGCCUUGACCGCUGUGUGGCCAAGUACCUGGACAUCCACGAGCGCAUGGGCAAGAAACUGACGGAGCUGUCCAUGCAGGACGAGGAGCUGAUGAAGAGGAUGCAGCAGGGUGCUGUGGCACAGUGAGGGCACCACGGGCACACAGGAAACCGCCAUCAAUAAACUCGCCCCUCCACA